AUGUUAAUUGAUGCCUUUUUCUUUCUCGAGAGCGAGAGCUUCGUUGAGUCUGGCUGUAUACUCAAUUACUCAAACCCCAACGAAGACAAAGAAAGGUCUGCAAGCUGUGAUCUCCGUUGGAAGAAGCCAAGGUCGGUUGGCGAUGUCGGCGUGGUCGGCAAUGACGGUCGCUCCCCUUACCCCGGGUCAACGGAAUGCGGGGAAGGGUGCCUCCUCAGCGGCAACCCCAGAGCUGUCUCGUAUCUCAACGCCGUUCCAACCUCCAAACUUCCAGCCGUCCGACUGUUUGAGAGAGCCGAAGCCGAGAGGACUCAUGUAGUCUCCACGACCAAUCGAGUUUACCACACAUUCGGCAACGCCAGACAGCAAGCCGCUGUAAAUAUGGACAACUUACACCCUCAAGACGAAGUCUUGCGUCAUUCCCUCGAGGAUCCGGAGUCUUUUUGGGCCCACCAGGCCGAACACCUGCACUGGCACAAGAAGCCCUCUUCAACACUCAAAGUCACCAAGAAGACGCUCAAGAGCGGCGUCACCCACGACUCUUGGGAGUGGUUUCCGGACGGAGAAAUCUCGACCUGUUUCAACUGUGUAGACCGUCACGUUCACGAUGGCAGGGGCGAUGCGCCGGCAAUAUACUAUGACAGUCCCGUUACGAAUACCAAGCAGACCCUCACAUACAAGCAGCUACUCGACGAGGUUGAGGUCUUCGCCGGGGCGCUGAGGGAAGAGGGAGUGAAAAAGGGCGACGUCGUCCUGGUUUAUAUGCCCAUGAUUCCCGCGGCAUUGAUAGGCAUACUCGCCGUCAGUCGCCUAGGUGCAAUCCACGCCGUCGUAUUCGGCGGGUUCGCACCGGCCGCUCUCGCCCAGCGUAUAGAGGCCUCUCAGCCCGUGGCCAUCCUGACGGCUUCGUGUGGUAUCGACGGUAAUAAGCCGCCCAUGAGCUACAAGCCGUUCGUUGAGGAGGCUUGCCAGAUCUCCAAGCACAAACCCGACAAGGUGGUUGUAUGGCAGCGCGAGCAGAUCCGGUGGAACCCCAUCAAGAGGAACGACGGCGAGAGGAACUGGCAGAGCAUUGUAAAGAGCUGUCGUGCGAGAGGCGUUAGGGCCGAUUGCGUGCCUGUGAAGUCGACGGACCCGAUCUAUAUCAUCCACACAUCUGGUACGACGGGAACGCCAAAGGGCGUGUUGAGGGAUGCUGCUGGACACGCUGUCGGGUUGCAUCUUUCUAUCAGCUACUUGUUCAACAUCCACGGCCCCGGCUGUGUUUCGUUCACAGCGUCAGAUAUCGGAUGGGUCGUAGGGCACAGCUAUAUCGCAUACGCCCCCCUCUUCACGGGUGCCGCCACCGUCCUCUACGAGGGCAAACCCGUCGGCACACCAGAUGCCUCAGCCUUUUGGCGCAUCGUGGAAGAGUACAAGGUUAACACCAUGUUCACAGCGCCGACGGCUCUCCGCGCCAUCAAGCGCGACGAUCCCGAGAACAAGCUCUUCAAGCAGAUCGGAGAGCGCGGCGGCCUCCGGACGCUCAAGGGGCUCUUCUUGGCGGGCGAGCGGUCCGAACCGGCAAUCAUCACAAUGUACCAGGAGCUCCUUGAAACCUACGGCGCAGUCGACGCCCAUGUUGUGGACAACUGGUGGUCGACGGAAGCCGGGUCGCCCAUCACGGGGCGGGCUCUCGUGCCGCAUGCCGGAAAAGACCGCGGUACGGAUUUGCGUGGCCAUCCGCCUCCCAAGAUCAAGCCGGGCAGCGCCGGAAAAGCCAUGCCUGGCUUCGACGUCCGCAUCGUGGAUGAUGACGGCAAGGAACUUCCGAGAGGCACGAUGGGAAACAUCGUCCUCGGGUUGCCUCUUGCCCCGACUGCUUUCAGAACUCUGUGGCAAGAUGAGGAGCGGUUUUACAAAGGCUAUCUGAAGCGUUUCAAUGGCAAGUGGUUGGAUACGGGGGAUGCAGGCUACAUCGACGUCGAGGGUUACGUCAACGUCAUGUCCCGUAACGACGACGUACUCAAUGUCAGCGCUCAUCGUUUGUCAAGUGGCGGCCUCGAACAAGCCAUCACAUCCCACCCCCUCGUCGCGGAAGCCUGCGUGGUGGGCAUCCCGGACGCGCUCAAGGGCCAGCUCCCCUUCGCCUUCAUCACGCUAUCGACGCCCGAGCACCCGACCUCGGCGGUGCCCGACGCGAAGCUCGCCGACGAGAUCAACGCGCUCGUGCGGUCGCAGGUCGGCGCCAUCGCCACGCUGGGCGGGCUCAUCCAGGGCAAGGGAAUGAUUCCCAAGACGCGCAGCGGCAAGACGCUACGCCGCGUCCUGAGGGAGCUGUUGGAGAACGCAGUGCACGAGGAGUUUGGGAAGGAGGUCCAGGUGCCGAGUACGGUCGAGGAUGCUGGCGCGGUGGAUGUUGCGAGGGAGAAGAUAUCACCUUUUGCUACGCACGACAGAGAAGCCUGUGCCAAUCGUUUCAUCACCGGUUCUACAGUCACAAACGUUACGAGUGAUAUCAUGAGCUCCAUAUCCAACGUCGGUCGAUAUGUAUUGAAGCUAGUGGGAAAGGAUGUCAACGCACCACGCUGGAUCUGUUUCCGUCACGAAUCAAACCCGUCAAUGACCGUAGAACGUCUUGGUCACGAAAAAUAUCAACUACUAUCGAAAACAUAUGAUGUAGAUACUGUGCUAAUUGAAGAGGAACUCAGUCUACUCGAUCUCGAUGGCUCAAGAGACUUGAUCUUCUCGACAAGGAUUUGA